AUACAGAUUACGUAUUUAUCAUAAUGAUGAUGGUACUUGGAGAUCUGACCUGUUAAUUUAAAGAGAAAAAACGAAUGACAAAUAAACAUUUUUCCCUCAAAAACUAGCUAACAAUAAAAGAUGUGGAUAAUUAUAUUUUAAAUAUUAUUUUGUGUGUAUGUGAGACAGUGUGAGUUCAUCCACAGUGAAAAUGAAGGCACAGAAGCGAGUCACGAGCUCAGGCGGAAUGAAUGUGUUUUGGAAACGACGGAGACAGACAGCGCGGUGACUGAGGCUGGACGCUUUGUCAGAGAGAACUUAAAAAUGGAUGUGUCUAAAAGGAUCAUCAGAAAUCUGGAACCAGCGAGACCACUGCGCCGUCUGAACAUAAAUCAAGUGCCUCAAAGUUAUGCUGAAGUUAAGCCGGUAGAGAAGCCAGACAACAUUAUUAAAGUGGAGCAUUUCUAUGAAAUCCUGCAUCUUCAAAGCACCAGCACCCAACCAAAAAAGAAAGCCGAAAGAAUUUGCUACACUCGGGACUUCCUCAUCAAGUUGGCAAGUUGUCCAAUGGCUAAGAAGAAACCUGAGUUUUUACCAGAACAUCCAAUCGUUUUGGAGAAUGGAAGAACAAAUGAUGUGCCUCAGUACUUCAUCACCAACUACAACAACAACGAGGAAUUGGCUGUUUAACGUGGGGAUUUUUUUACAGUCUUUUUCUUUUAAUUGAACUAAAACUGCACUGCAUGGGGGCCAAGUGAAAAGGAUCACAAGUUAAAUUGAUAACUUUUAUGGGUAUGAAGGGUACAAAAACAUUUCAUCUUAAGCUUUUCAAUGAAAACAGAAGUUAUGUAAAGACAAACAUUAACACAGCUAAGUAAUUGCAAAAACCUCUAACAGAUGUUGCAAUGCUUGUUUCGAACCAGUCCACAGUACAGAGAGUUAAAUGAUACUGACAGCACUGAUGCCUUGAUAAAAAAAAUUCCACAUCCUAAUUUGUCGUGGUAAACUCACUCUCAUUUCUUGACCAUACACUUUAGUUUUACCUUAUCAAACAUUUGUAAAUUCAAACUCAGGCUUUUGAUCCUUGCCUAAUGUAGGUUGUGUUCUUACACUGCUCUAAAACAGUUGUUCUAGAUUUGUGGUCUGUGGUGUUAAAAUUUGUUUUUUUGUGGAUAUUUGGUCUUGAAGUGCUUAAGAUUGAAGUGCACCUUAAAUUAUAGACUGACUUCUGGCAAGUUCAUAUGCCCGAGUUACACUUUAGAGAGUCAGAUUGGAAAGGUUUUCACUUUGCUUAACUGUAUUGAGACUGGCAAGCAAAACUCUCAUUAUCAUUUGACAAUUAUUGAGCCUGUGGAUGGGUAAUAAUAAGCUUUUUUUAAAGCUAUUUUCAUUUUUUGCAACCAUCACAAUUGAAAAUAGAUUUCUUUAUUUAUAUAUGUCUUAAAUUUAUUUCAUUCAUUGCUGUGAAGUGGAUUGGAGCACCGAAUAAGUGUUUGUUACAGUACUGUAGCCUUUUCAGUAUUAUAAUAUCUUAUUAAAGGUUAUUAGAAAAA